AUGCACGCCGGCAUCAACUACGAGCGCUACCUCACUGAGAUUGACAACAUUAAAGCGGAGACGGACGAAUGGAAAGCAAUGUUUGAGAAAACCUGCAAAGAGAACAAUUGGAUGCCAGAAUAUUCAACCGAAGAGCGCAGUUCAGUCGAUCAGGACGAAGAUUUGCGUCAGCGUAUCUUCAUGAGCAAGCAGGACGUCCUAGAGGCUCAAGCCUCGAACCCGAACGCCCAUUUCUCAAUCAUGACGCCGUUUUCGGCACUCACCAAGGAGGAGUUCGCUUCGAAGGUUCUCAACUCGUACCGAUCGCUGCGGCAAGAGGGGACGUACACGUUCACGAGCAUGCAGGACAUGAUCAAUUCGCUUAUGCAGAGUCUUCAGCAGCAAAUGGGUGGGUCCUGGUCGACGUACGCUCCCGUCACACCUGCCCCCGUUGUGGAGCCCUUAGUUAAGAAAUCUUCGACUCCAGUCCGAACCGAGAAGGCCAUUCUCAAAACUGCCAACUCGGUCGAUUGGUCCGCUUCGAAGUGCAUGUCUCCUGUGCAAAGCCAAGGUCAGUGUGGUUCCUGCUGGGCGUUCGCUUCCGUAGCUGCGGUGGAGUCGCUCCAAUGUAUCAAAAAUGGUCAGUCGGGGAUCAACAAAUACUCGGAGCAGCAGUUAGUGGGGUGCGACAGUAAAAACAUGGGCUGUGGCGGUGGUGCUCCCGUGUACGCGUACGAGUACAUCCAGAAAAACGGACUUUGUUCGGAGAGUGCCCUUCCGUACACUUCCAGUAAUGGUGGCGCGGUAUCCUGUAGUGCCAGUUGCUCAAAGAGCCAAACGGGGAUCACAGGAUACGAGCGAAUCAAUGAAGGCGACGAAGCUGGACUCGUUGAAGCUCUUAAGUCACAGCCUGUUGUCGUGGCGGUUGCUUCGGGUAACGCAGCUUGGAAGCAGUACACGGGUGGUAUCAUGUCCACUUGUGAAACUACCCAAGUGGAUCACGCGGUGCUUGUCGUGGGCUACGACGACAACACUUUCAAGGUCCGAAACUCGUGGGGUGAGAACUGGGGAGAGGCUGGAUAUGUGAGAAUGGCACGCAGCUCGUCCGGUAUGGGCACCUGUGGCAUGCUCACUGAUAUGUCUCGACCGAAGAUGUAA